UUCUCAUGCAAUCCGUUGGUUGAAACAGAUACGACUAUUCUGAUCGUGGCACAUGCGCUCAGCGGGCAAAAGCAAGCAGUUAUAUCACUGAGAGUGUAUUAGUGAUUAAUCAAAGGCCGUUCGCGAAAAUGGCCGAUGGACGCGAGUCACGGUCGUUUUCCCCGAAGAAUCUAUACGUGUUGUGCGUGUCCGCGAUAGCGGGCAAGUAUCAAAGUUACAAACCGCAUCUCGCCGACUUACCAAAGAACGUGCGGUUCGAUCUCUACUAUCAGUUGUACAAAGACAAGAAAUUAUGUAUAUUGGGGGCGGAAUUAAGCGAUCUGGAGACUUUCUCCAAGAUGCUCAAGGUCACCAAUCGUCGAAUACACCUUUUGCAAAUCUUCCAGGCUCCGAUGGAACAUGGAGUAAAAGUAGGACAACAUUUGGCCAUCAGUUACAAUAUGCAAUGUUUAGAAGUGAGAGAGAAUCCUGCUGUACAGGAUAAAACUAUAAAUCUGGGUUUGAGACUCGGUGGAUUUCUCAGUGACGCCGGUUGGCAUUCCAACAGUGAAGAAGUACUGUUAGCUUGCAAAGAAUUAUGUAUUGCCAACAAUCAGACCCCUCAGGAUUGGUGUAGAACGUUAGAUUGUUGUCACAAACUAUUACAUGCACAAGCAGCUUACUGUGCUUUUGACGGGGCUGCAGAAACUCACCAACUUGCCAUAGAAAUGAUAACAAAAUUAAAAAAUGCACAAUACAGUGACAGUAAUCACGCUGCACUUUUCGCGGAAUUCAGUAUACUGUUCUUUAUACGCAGUGAAUACGAUCAAGCUUACAGAUGGAGUAUAGAAGCAUUAAAACAUUUAAAACCAUCACUUCCUGCACGGGUUAUCAUCGACGUUCUACGACAGGCAGCAAAAUCGUGUGUGGUAAAACGCGAAUUCCAGAAGGCUGGUUUGUUAAUCAGAGAAGCAGUAUAUCUAGCGAGGGAAAUAUUCGAUACAGAUCAUCCAAAAUACAGUGACGUUCUUAUCGAUUAUGGAUUCUACUUACUAAAUUACGAUAGCAUCAUCAAUAGUGUAUCCAUCUAUAAGACUGCAUUAGAUAUUAGAAGAGUGAUUUUCGGCAAGAUUAAUCUUCACGUUGCUUUGGCACACGAAGACUUGGCUUAUGCUCUCUAUGUGUACGAAUAUAGUUCCGGCAAAUUCGACGAAGCCAGCGAUAACGCUGGAAUAGCUAUAGACAUUAUGGAAAAACUUUUACCCACAAAUCAUUUGAUGCUCGCGAGUGCUAAGAGAGUAAAGGCGCUUAUUCUCGAAGAGAUUGCCAUAGAUAAUGCGUCCACGCCUAUGUCCGAACAAAACCUGUUACUCAAAUCUGAGUGUCUUCACCUGUCCGCGUUGCAAUUGGCGAAGACUGCGUUCGGUGAAAGAAACGUACAAACGGCGAAACAUUAUGGAAAUUUGGGUCGCUUGUAUCAGAGUAUGAGAAAGUUUCAGGAAGCAGAAGCAAUGCACUUGAAAGCUAUUCGUAUCAAAGAAGAACUGCUGGGUCCUGAUGAUUACGAAGUGGGCUUAAGUAUAGGGCAUUUAGCAUCAUUGUACAAUUUCCACAUGAACCGGUACAGAGAUGCUGAGAAGCUUUAUUACCGUAGUAUCGCAAUCAGUUUGAAGUUAUUUGGAAAGAGUUACAGUGGUUUAGAAUACGAUUAUCGAGGACUUUUACAUGUGUACAGUAAAUUAGACGAGUAUCAGAAGAUAUUGGAAUACACAGACACGUUAAAUCAUUGGAAAGAACUUAGAGACAAACAUGCUCAAUCCGAAGAUCCACCGAUCGACAUACAGAAACGUCCGCAACCAAUCGCAAACAUUAUUAAUGUGUUCUUUUCCAUGUGAUAUAUCAAUAAGUGUGUCUAAUUCAAAUUUUGUCAUUGAACAUCAUCGAGCGAGUUGCUGGUUUUGUUGUGUUUACAAGACAUUGGGCCAAAGUAGAAAUUACUCACAUUUAAAGGUUUAUAAAUCACGAUUAAUAACUGUGUCUGUCUUGUCUCGGUAUUUUACAAUACACGUGAGUAGUAUCGUUAUCACAGUCUGAAACAGUUAUUAUCAGCAUGAUAUUAAAUUUAACGAUAAUGAGAUUGUUAAGUUUGUAAAUUAUUUUUAAUAAUGAUACUAAUGAGAUUUUCAUUGAUGAGCGAUAUAAACGUUAUCUGGGGCUUUCUGUUUUUUAGUCCGAGUUCAAUGCUUAUGUUGAAUUAGACUUAAGAUUUAUCUAAAUUAAUCUCGAUGUAUUGCAGGUUCUUGUAUCAAAUUAUGUUUUUAGUAUUUUGUAUUUAUAUAUAUAUAUAUAUAUACAUACAUAUAUAUAUA